GAAAGACGAAAAUGGUUCGAAAAAUUCUUGCUGCACUCAUCUUGUUGGCUAUGCUUUCCACGCUCAACGCUAUGCCAAGACCAAUAAUUGGAAUAAUUGGGCAACAACAUCUUACCUGGAAGAAAUGUCGUGAUUCAAUUCCACUACUUACCGUACAAGCAGAUAUGCCUAUACCUGGUCAAAACGAAACCGUUACCAUUUCAGGAGAGGUUCCAGAUGAAUCCGCGCAAUAUCAAUGGAGUUUUAGUUAUAUCGACCUUGAAGGAAAACCCAUUACCCUUUCCUACAAGGGGGCUUCCGGUUCGGAGAGAAGCUGA